AUGUUGCCUGUGGAGAUCCCAGAGUCUGCAGAAGUGAGAGGCAGCAACACCUCUGAUCACUCCAUUCUCAUUAAAGCAGAAAAGGACAUUUCUGUUGUCUUAGUGUACAGAAAGUCUGGUUCAAUAGGAACCAUGACAGUGUACCCAGCCCAAGCACUUGGCACGGUAUAUUAUGUGGUAACCCCAACUGUAUCGACAAAUUAUUUUAAAGAAUUCGCAAUCAUAGCCUGGCAAGUUCCUACAACAGUUGAUAUCCAUUUAAAAGGUGCUGUUACGUUCAAUGGACAGUCACAUCCUGCAGGGAGCAUACUCCGUGUUUCCCUCAAGGCUCUACAGGUCAUCCAGCUUCAAAGCUCAGAUGAUCUGUCUGGGACCAUGAUAAAAUCGGUGCAUCCUGUGGCGGUGUUGAGUGGGCACAGCUGUAUUGUAAAAUAUUCGUACUGUGAUCAUGUCAUUGAACAGCUUCUGCCAGUCUCUGGCUGGGGUACUUCAUUCAUUGUUCCCCCCGUCUUCUUCCAAACCAAUCCAGACAUCGCAUAUGUGGUUGCAGCUCAGAAUACUCAUAUCGAGUAUCAGCAGGGGACUCGAAAAAAAUCUCUGGACAUGGUGGCUGGGGAAGUCAGGCAGUUUGACAUCAGAUUCCCUCAUGCACUUUACAUCUCCGCCAAUGCUGGAAUCCAGGUCCUUUUCUUCUUCACCGGUUUCAAGACAACUAAAUUCGAUUCAUUCCUGAUCAACAUCCCUGCCAUAACAAGCUAUGGACAAUCUUACCACAUUGAUGGGAUAAGCAACUUUAAGAUCAGUGCCGUUCUCAUAGCAAAAAGAUCUGAAAUGCUCAGCAUUACUAGAGAUAAGCAGCCUAUUCGUGGCAUUCAGUGGAAAGCAGUUCCUGGCACACUCUAUCAAUGGGGCACAUACAACUUGAAAGCAGGAGCCCAGUCGCUGUCCUUAGAGCAUCCUGGAACUCCCUUCGGUGUCUUGGUCUUUGGCGGCAGAGAGUAUGAAGCCUAUGGUUUUGCUCCCCCGCCUCUUCCCUUAUCUGGGUGCAGAUCUAGGUCCUUCGAUAUGGUGAUGGUGAUCGAUGGGUCCGGGAGCAUUGGGGCUGAGAACUUUCAGCUGGUGAAACAGUUUGUGAACCACAUUGUGGAUUUUCUGGAAGUGUCCCCUCAUGGCACGCAAGUGGGGCUGGUCCAGUACUCCGACUCUCCACACACCGAGUUCCCACUCAACAAAUACACAUCAGCAGCACAGAUCAAGGCAGCAGUGCAGAAAGUAAAGUACAUGGAAAGUGGCACCAUGACAGGCCUGGCUCUCAAGUACAUGUUGGAACAGAGCUUCUCUGCAAGGGAAGGUGCCAGACCUCUUUCCCAGGAUGUAAGCAGGAUUGGCCUGGUCUUCACUGAUGGGCAGUCUAGUGAUAACGUUGCAGAAUGGGCCAUAAAAGCAAAGGAAUCAGGAAUUGUCAUGUAUGCAGUUGGCAUUGGCAAUGCUGCUGAAGAUGAACUGCGAACCAUUGCCUCUGAGCCCGUGGACGAGCACUUCCUAUAUGGAGUAGAUUUCAGUGCCAUGGAAAAAAUUGCCUCCAAACUCAAAACCAAGAUCUGUGAUGAGCGUACAUCCCUGCAAGAAAAAGAUGCCUUAACAAUGCAGUCCUAA